AUGUCUACGCCGGGUCGUCUUGCUGGCAAGAACGCCGUCAUCACCGGUGCCGCCGGUGGCAUCGGCCUCGAGACGUCGAUCCUCUUCGCCAAGGAGGGUGCCCGCGUGCUCAUGUCCGACAUCUCGGCCGAGGCGCUGGAGAAAGCGCUGGCCAAGGUGAAGCAGCUGGUGCCGUCGGCGCAGGUCGAGAUCAAGAAAUGCGACGUCUCCAAGGAAGCCGAGGUCGAGGCCCUCGUGGCGGCCGCUGACGCUUGGGGCGGGCUAGACGUCAUGUUCAACAACGCCGGAAUCAUGCACUCCAACGACGCCGACGCCGUCGACACGCCCGAGGCCAUCUGGGACCUGACGCAGGCCAUCAACGUCAAGGGUGUCUGGUUCGGCUGCAAGCACGCCGUCCUCGCCCUCCGACGCCACAAGAAGACCAAGGGCAGCAUCGUCAACACGGCCUCGUUCGUCGCCCUCAUGGGCGCCGCCACCCCCCAGCUCGCCUACACGGCCUCCAAGGGAGCCGUCCUCGCCCUCACGCGGGAGCUCGCCAUGGUUCACGCUCGCGAGGGCUUCCGCUUCAACAACCUGUGCCCGGCGCCUCUCAACACGCCGCUGCUGCAGGACUGGCUCGGCGACGACCAGGCCAAGCGCAACCGCCGCGAGGUGCACUUCCCCACCGGCCGCUUCGGCGAGGCCGUCGAGCAGGCCCACGCCGUCGUCUUCCUCGCCAGCGACGAGGCCAGCUUCGUCAACGGCCACGACUUUGUCGUCGACGGCGGCCUGAGCAAGGCCUACGUCACGCCCGAGGGCGCGCCGACCAAGGGACCCGUCAACAACGCGAGCAAGCAAUCUCUCGACUAG